ACAACAGCAUAUUUUUGUUAAUUGGAUGAAAUCUGUAAUCUCGACAUAGACUACCAAAUCGGCAUUUCCACAAGUUAGGAGAUCUGAAUAAACGGCGCCACGUAUGAAGAAAGCAAUAACAAAACAUAAACACAAAAACCAUUCCGAUUUCUUGCUUGUGUUUUUCGGGGUUAAAGUUUAAAGUGAAACUAGUGGGAAUUUCGCAGUCAAUGUGCCAAUUUGAAGAAUUUGAAGGUUAUAAUAGUGAAAAUAUGUGGGGAGACAUUGGGACUCGAGAAAAUUAGUAGUAAACCAAACUAAGGUGCUUAUUCUGAAUGGAUAAAUUGACCAAACACCCGAGCCUUCUGAUGAAUUGUUGAAAAUGAUAGAAGGGUGAAAAAGACAAAAAGUGUAAACAGUUUCGUUCGUUAUUUUAGCUCGUAUCUUUUGUGACCAUGGAUAAUAUUAAUCCCAUGACUACCAGCUACACGCAACCCUCUUCUGAUUCGUCAUCCCCGUUUUUCUAUGACGAACUUCGAGUCAAAAAUCAUACUCCCAGGAUUCGAGAAGAGGUUGAUCUUUUGGCGUCUGAUAAAAAAGAUGGGCUACUUAAUCCAAGAGCACUAUUGUUUUUAACGCUAUGGUACUUCUUCAGCGGUUGUACUCUUUUUCUCAAUAAAUAUAUUCUUACGUACAUGGAGGGAGAUCCGACCAUACUAGGCGCGUGUCAAAUGUUGAUGACGGCAGUAUGCGGUUUUGUACAAAUGUAUUUCCCAUGCGGCAUGUACAAAACCAGUUCAAGACUGAUGAGACCCCCAGGUUUUUAUAAACAUAUGAUUCUUGUUGGAUGCACAAGAUUCGCAACUGUUGUACUGGGCCUAGUGGCGUUGAAUUACGUAGCUGUUAGUUUUACAGAAACUAUCAAAAGUAGCGCACCACUUUUCACCGUUCUUAUUAGCAGAUAUUUAAUAGGCGAAUAUACCGGCCUCUACGUCAAUUUGUCCUUGAUCCCUGUAAUGGGAGGUUUAGCUCUGUGCUCUGCUAAUGAAUUGAGUUUUGACUUUAGAGGAUUUGUUGCUGCAAUGGCUACAAAUGUUACGGAAUGCAUGCAAAAUGUCUACUCAAAAAUGUUGAUCAGUGGGGAUAAUUUUAAAUACACGCCUGCCGAACUUCAAUUUUAUACAAGUCUAGCAUCAAUGGUUGUGCAAAUACCAGCGUCGAUGUUCCUAGUAGAUCUGCCGAGGCUUCAACAGUCCUUCAGCCUAAAACUCCUCUCCAUAUUUCUUCUCAAUGGAGUUUUCUUCCAUUUUCAGAGCAUCACCGCUUAUGUACUUAUGGAUUACAUCAGUCCAGUCACCCAUAGUGUUGCAAAUACAGCGAAGAGAGCUUUAUUAAUCUGGCUGUCAGUACUACUGUUCGACAACCGUGUGACUGGAUUAUCAGCCCUUGGAACUUCGUUCGUAUUUGCUGGUGUAUUGUUGUACAAUCGAGCUCAAGAAUACGAUAAAGCUAAAAUGUUACGAAUCAAGCGUAACUCUAAACUAAAUUUGCAGUGAGGAAAAAACAACUGCGUUGACGCUGUUGAUACUGCAUUAAGCCCAGUGACUACAAUUUUUAUGAAUCACAUUUUGCGUUUUAAUGGCUUUUAUUAAAAUGCAGUGUACCUGUCCGGCAUUUAGAAGGAAAAGACGAACGAUAAAUUUCUAUUAACAUUCCAGAGGCAUUGAUCGAGGUCAGCGCUCCCAGAUAUCCGAAUUCUCAUUGAUUCGCCCACAAAGUUAAUCUUUUAACCAUUUAUCCUUUUGAUGAAAACAAUAUUGCAUUUUGUAUAAUGAAACUCUGGGUGCAAGUACAAAACGAAUAUUCUCAGCUUCGAUCGACAACAACAACUUCAGCAGAGUACUCAAUCGUGUUUGCUUCUAGUAUGCACCACUUUUUAUUGCAUCAAUCACAUCAAUCUUCAAAUUGCAUCGUGAACGAUGGCAUUCAGAUUAAAAUACUUUUUUUUUCCUCAGAAUAAUGUAUUUUCUUAUUCUUGUACAAAAUGAAAAGCGUAAAAAAGAUCUUAACAUGGGUACUGUACAAAAAAUAAACGGUUUUUUUGGUCUUUUAGAAACAAUUGACCAAUGCAAGGGCAAAGGGGAGUCAGAGAUUAGAAAUUUCACUUUUUAGAUAAGCUUAUCAUAAUUCAUUACGAACGUAGUCCAUUACUUCUUAUAUCACACUUUUUGUGACCUUUCUCAUUCGAUCUUUGCCAUGUGGCAUAUUCGAGACCACGUGACAAACAUUAUUUCAAGAGAUUCGUCACUAUUUUCUAACUGAAGAAUUAAUAAUUUCUGGCUUCCUUUCUCUGUCCAGUUAAAAUUAUGAUUAUUUUUACAUCAAAAUUCAAUGAAAGAUGAUUUAAUUUUUCAUCUUUCCGAAUAUACAUUCCACGAAAAUUGAGAAUAAUCGCCUGGAACAUGAGAAUACUAAAUAAAUAUCAUGAGAAUCAUCA